ACAUUUAAACAUGCGAUUACUGCAAUCAUAAUACAGAAGACUUGCCAGCACUACAGUUUCUUAUAAACUCAGAAAGCUAAAUCUUGUCAUGGCUCUUGCAUAAGAACUUUAUUUAAUACGGCCCUUUAAUUUGUAGUGUUUUAUUAUCCGAAAAUUUUGAUUUCUUAUGGUAAAAGCUGAUCAAACAUAUGGCUUCUUCAGUUGUUCUUUGUCCAGCUAUCGUCAUGUCAUAUAGCAAGUGCAGGAUCCGUCAAAAGCUACCCCAAAUCAAAGCUCACAGCUAUAGAGAUGAAGGGAAAUCAAGGCAUGUAGUUGAUGCAAAUUUACAAGUUUUAAAGGAAAGAAUGGAAGAAGUGAAGAUGAAAGAGAGAUUAGAGAGGUGUUUGGCAUGUGAGCAGGGUUGGAAUUACACAGCUACUACUAAUACUGCAAGUUUAUAUUUACAGAAGAAACGCAAGAAAGAAUUGGAUUACAUAUCUCAAUGUGUUGAACUUUUUUGCAUGGUUGGUGGAACUAUUGGAUUUACUAUACUUGGCUGUAGUCUUUGCCUUUACCUUACUUCCCUGCUUAUUCAUUUAAAUCUUAGCAACUGAGCAUAUAUAUGGAAUUGUGCUCAAGUAGCAGUGCUGUGAUUCUAUUUGUAACUAUGUGAUUAUUUUCAUUUUUAUGCAUAUAUUCUGUUGGGGUAAUUAAUUUCCCUAUAGCUUGUAAUGACAGUCGACAGAGCUUAUUUUUUCAUUAGCUCUGCUAUAUCCUUUCCAAGACAUUUGAAAUCCAUUGUUAACUUUUCCUUCUUAGAAAGUCAAAAGAAUAAAAAGCUUUGGGAAUUAAGCACUU